AUGUCUAGCAUAGCCCUGAAGAUUUCUUCCUUGGUAAUUCGGACACUUUCCAAGCCAAUUGCAAAUCUGAUCAAGCGGCAAGCUCGGGAACAUGAAGGCUUUAGGCGCACAUGCAUAUCCUUUGCCCAGGCUUUACAUCGGGUGGACAUGCGACUGCGACUAGGUGUGCUUAGGGAUACGGCUGCUAUUGAGAAACAAGCUGCAAGAGAAGCUGCAGAUGCUGCAGCGAAGAAACAUAAGCAUUCGAUACCAACCGUGAAAACAGAGGCGCAGACUCUUGCAGAGGAGAAAGCUGCAAAAGAAAAGACCAAAUCUCCUGAUCUGCCAAAACCUGCUUCGAUACUAAGAAUUCGGCCCUUGUCGGAAGCGAAAGCAAUCGAGUCAGGGGCAACAUUCAUUAGCGAGGCGUUCCUCUUCGGCGUUGCUGGGAGUCUGAUCCUUUUCGAGUCGUGGAGGUCUCGACGGAAAGAGAACACCAGAAGAGAAGACGUUGCUGAGCGGCUGAGUGAUCUUGAGGAGUCGGAGAGGACAGCGCGAAGAGCAUUAGUUGAACUUGAAAGAGAAGUUUUGGCUUUGAGAGCCAAGCAUGGGAAACCUUCUACCAAGCCUGUGAAGCGCAUUCUGCCGGCAGAGAUAUGGAUGCAAGAGGAGAAGGAUGACGAGGAGGAUGUGACGAAAAGUCAGGGUUGGCUAUCACGUAUAUCAUCCUAUAUCUUUUGGAAAAGGGAUGGCGCUGGAGAAGCCGAAGGAAUGAGAGAGACUGGACCGGCAGAGAAGAUAUUGGCUGCUUCGGAUGCAGCGUUGGCUGCGAAGCACCAACAAGCCUUAGAACAAGCAGCAGCAAAAGCUGUCAGUCUGCUCUCAUGUUCUGCUCUAGCCUUCGCAAACGUCCACUAUGGAAAACUCUUGGGCCUCUCGUGGCUACUACUUCACCCGCCAGGCUCCAAGGUAAUGGUGCAAUUUGGUUACUGGACGCUUCUAAUUGCCGUAGAAUCGAACCUCGAAACCCAUGAUCUUGCUCUACCUUUGUCGUUGGGACACCAAGAAUCUCACUGUCCAAUCUUGGUCCUUACUCCUGCAAAUAUGGUUGAAGCAGACCUUUCCGAUACCAAGGCUCGGAUUCAGCAGUUUGUAGCGGUCAAAAAGGAGCAACAUCAUAUCAUCACGCUUAUUCUGAAGGUCGAGCACGAUGAGCAUUCAUUCCCCAACGGCCUGGAAGGUUUUACGCAGCUACAGACACUACUUUUCGAGAUCAAUAUCUCAUGCCCUGUUCUUCCUGUCUUAGACGUCUCUUCUCUGUCUACGAUGCUAAAAGAGUAUUUGAAUGGAAUCCAACCAGCCACGCGUCCGGUGUAUAGGGCGCCAGUAGUGACCAAUUUGAUCGCGCAAGCUGCUGCGAGUGCCCCAGCGAAACCACUUUCGGAGCACGACGCCAACGUUGUGUCUGACAUCUUCUCCUCUCUACAGGACUUUGAAGAAGCGACCAGAACUCAGCAGGGACACGCGAAACUUUAUAAUUUCCUUGACAGGACUACGGCGGAAGAUGUGAUCGACUUCUGGGCAGAUGAGUGGGUACAAACGAAGCGACGCGAAGGGAAGUCUUCAAGAACGCCAAAAGCCUCCCUCUUUGGUGGAGGGAAAUCACGGGGCGGAGAUGGGGGACAACCACAAAUCAAGAAAGCCACAUUCGAGAUCACGAAGAAGAAAGAGGUUGGAGUGUCAGAUCUGACGCUACUGAGCAAAGUGUCGAAUGAGGCUAUCAAUGAGAACUUGAAGAAACGCUUUGAGCAUGGGGAUAUCUACACUUACAUUGGCCAUGUGCUGGUCUCUGUCAAUCCCUUUCGAGACUUGGGCAUAUAUACAGAACAGGUGUUGGAUUCAUACAAAGGGCGAAACAGGCUGGAAGUGCCUCCUCACGUUUUCGCCGUGGCAGAAUCUGCAUACUACAACAUGAAGGCAUACAAGGACAACCAAUGCGUAAUAAUAUCAGGGGAGUCUGGUGCAGGCAAGACGGAGGCUGCGAAACGAUUAAUGCAGUAUAUUGCAAGCGUGUCAGGAGGAAGCGACUCUUCCAUACAGAGGACGAAAGAUAUGGUAUUAGCUACAAAUCCACUGUUGGAGUCGUUUGGAAAUGCGAAAACACUGCGAAAUAACAACUCAUCCCGGUUCGGAAAGUAUUUGGAGUUGGAGUUCAAUGAGCAGGGAGAGCCGGUCGGCGCAAAGAUCACCAAUUAUUUGCUCGAGAAAUCGAGAGUGGUUGGACAAAUCACUAAUGAACGCAACUUCCACAUUUUCUAUCAAUUCACGAAAGCUGCGUCAAAGGAGUACAGGGAAAUCUUUGGAGUCCAGCAGCCGCAGUCCUACGUCUACACGAGCCGAUCAAAAUGCUUCGACGUGCCGGGGAUUAACGACGCCUCAGACUUCCAAGAAACGCUAGAUGCUAUGAAAAUCAUCGGGCUCUCCAAAGCCGAACAAGACGACAUUUUCCGCAUGCUUGCUGCCAUUCUGUGGAUUGGAAACAUCACCUUUCGAGAAAACGAUCAAGGCGGAGUUGAUAUCACAGAUCAGUCGGUUGUUGAUUUUGUUGCUUACCUGCUGGAAGUGGAAUCUGCAAAUGUUAACAAAGCUCUCACAGUGCGAAUAGUGGAGACUGCUCGAGGCGGUGGCAGGAGAGGAUCAGUCUAUGAAUCACCACUGAAUCCCGUGCAGGCUGCAGCAGUACGUGACGCUUUGGCAAAAGCGGUAUAUUUCAAUCUUUUCGAUUGGAUCGUUCAGCGGACGAAUGUUUCCUUACAAGCACAAGGAACAGUCAAGAAUACUGUUGGGAUUCUUGAUAUUUAUGGGUUUGAAAUCUUCGAGAAGAAUUCCUUCGAGCAACUGUGCAUCAAUUAUGUCAAUGAGAAGCUACAGCAGAUCUUUAUCCAAUUGACACUGAAGACUGAGCAAGAAGAAUAUGCCCGAGAACAGAUCCAGUGGACUCCAAUCAAGUACUUCGACAAUAAGGUUGUCUGUCAAUUAAUUGAGGAAAAGAAGCCGCCUGGUGUUUUCGCUGCUCUGAACGAUGCUUGUGCAACUGCUCACGCUGAUUCUGGUGCCGCCGACCAAACAUUUGUUAGAAGGUUGAAUUUUCUAUCUCAGAAUCCACAUUUCGAGAAUCGCCAGGGACAAUUCAUCAUCAAACACUAUGCUGGUGACGUGAGCUACGCGGUGCCAGGAAUGACGGACAAAAACAAAGACCAGCUACUCAAAGAUUUACUGAAUCUUAUCGGCGAGAGCUCUAACUCCUUCGUCCACGAAAUUUUCCCUCAUCAGGUCAACCAAGACGACAAAAGGCGGCCGCCAACCGCUGGAGACAAGAUUAAAGCGUCUGCAAAUGAGCUUGUAGAUACGUUGAUGAAAGCCCAGCCAUCCUACAUCCGAACGAUCAAACCAAACGACAAUAAGUCGCCGUCAGAGUACAAUGAAGCCAAUGUCAUGCAUCAGAUCAAGUACCUAGGUCUACAGGAAAAUGUCCGGAUUCGAAGGGCAGGUUUCGCCUACAGACAGACGUUUGACAAGUUCGUGGAACGAUUUGCUCUGCUCUCUCCACGGCUUUCAUAUGCAGGGGAGUAUACAUAUACUGGUGAUGUCAAAUCUGCAUCAAAGAUAAUCUUCAAGGAUACAAGUAUACCGGAGGAAGAGUACCAGAUGGGUGUGACAAAAGCGUUCAUAAAAACACCCGAAACGCUGUUUGGGCUAGAACAUAUGAGAGAUCGGUACUGGCACAACAUGGCAGUCAGGAUCCAAAGAGCAUGGCGAAACUAUCUUAGGUACAGGAUAGAGUGUGCGACGAGGAUACAGCGGUUCUGGCGACGGGUGAAAGGCGGUAUUAAGGAGAUCGAAUUUCGGGAUCAGGGUCACCGAAUAUUGCAGCAAAGAAAAGAACGCCGACGGUACUCUCUACUGGGCUCAAGACGAUUCUUUGGUGAUUACCUUGGCCUCAACAUGCCUGGUGGAACUGGUCGUCUGAUCCGCGACUCAGUUAAUCUUGGUGGCCAGGAACGAUGCGUCUUCUCAUGUCGCUGUGAGCUACUUGUCACCAAAUUCGGUCGCUCUUCGAAACGGGAACCUCGAAUACUGCUCCUUACGGCCAAGGCAGUAUACAUUGUUGUUCAAAACAUUGUGAACAAUUCUCUUAACAUAUCUUCGGAACGCACCAUUCCCAUUGGAGCAGUCAAGUACAUCAGCUGCUCGACAUUGAAGGACGAUUGGUUCUCUCUUGGUAUCGGCUCGCCUCAGGAGCCUGACCCGCUUCUCAACUGUCCUUUCAAGACCGAAUUCUUCUUGCAAUUCAGAACAGUCUCUCAUGGUAGCUUCAACCUCAGAAUUGGGGAUAGCAUCGAGUACAACAAAAAGCCUGGCAAGCCUGCUACAGUCAAGGUUAUGAAAGAUCCAGCUGUGCCACGAGACGACGUAUACAAGUCUGGCACCAUCCACACCAACCAAGGAGAACCGCCCAACUCUGUCUCAAGGCCAACACCAAGGGGCAAAGCCAUUGCCAGACCAAUCACAAGCGGCAAACUCCUUCGAAAAGGUGGGCCAGGUGGUCAAACGACCAAGAUGGCAUCUCGUCCUCGUCCAACUCCCGCAGCCACCACGCAAAGGGCUGUUCCUACACCAGCCGCAGUCAACAGACCUGUUGCGCAACUUAAUGGUGACCCAGGCCAUUCACGUACCUCCUCUGCCGUUUCAGCAAGCAGAAUACCACCUCCUCCACCCCCUGCACCUCCAGCAGCUGCACCAGGUAAACCGCAAGCAAAAGUAAAAUACGACUUUCAAAGCCCAAACUCGAACGAGCUGUCCAUAGUCGCGGGCGAGACGCUGGAGAUCCUAAAGAAAGAAGGAAAUGGAUGGUGGCUCUGCCUCAACCCUGCCACCUCAGACCAGGGCUGGGCUCCCUCCACCUACGUCGAAGAAAUCGCCCCCGAACCCGAGCAGACACGUGCUCCGCCGCCUCCUCCCCCACCCCCAGCUGCACCCCGUCCAACCCCCAACAACAUUCCCUCAGCCCAUUCCGCAGUCACGAACGGCAUGCCCAAGACCGCAAACCCUCCCCUGACAACGGCAAACACGAAAGCAAAACUGAAACCUACGCCGCCAGCACCCCCAGCAAAGAGACCGACAGGAGCAGCAGCCGCAGCCGGGGGAAGGAAACCCCUGCCUCCACCCACCCCGGCGAGGGACAGCGCCGUCAGUCUGACCACGCCGUCCGGAGGCGAUAGCGGGAGAGCGACGCCGAACAGCAUGAAAGGCGCCACGGGAGGGGGCAGUCUGGCGGGUGGCUUGGCAGAAGCCUUACGCGCGAGACAGAGCGCCAUGAAUGGUGGUGGGGCAGGAAGGGGGACGAGGAUGAUGAUUGGUAGUCGUCAGUCCUGUGGUCGAUUUCUGUGA